AUGUGGAGCUUGGUCGCCUGGUGCAUGCUGGGGCGAGUUCUGAGCCAAAGUGCCCAAAACUCUCCUGACACGAGUUGCAUGUUGCAAUUCUCGGCAGCACAUCAGAUCGAAUCCUCAGAGCCGGACUGCCUUUCCAGCGCUGACUGGAUCGAGCAGUUACAAGUGACGGCGCUGAACUUCUCGGGCGGCAUUUCGGGAGCAGAGGUGUUUACAGGCGCCGAAGAUGACGUCAACCUUAUGGCGUGGUCGCCUUCUGCCGGACCGGCCCCCGGUGAUGUCCUAGUUUUCAACAGCAGCGUGUGCUCGGACUUUGCAAGAUGGCAGUUGCAGGCGAAUCUGACGGAACUAGCAAGUCAGAACGUGACCUUGCCCUUUGAUUGGGCAAAAAGAGUAGCCCUGAGCAGCGAGAAGAUCGUCGUGGCCUUGAGCCUCGUGAAUGAUACGAGCACCACGCAUACCUUCAAGUACGACGGGGCGUCAUGGGUUUUCUUGGGAACACAAUCUUUUCCGGGGAUUCGCAGUAUAACCAUGGCUCUUGGAGGAGACUUAUUGAUCCUCCUGAAUGUCCAGACUUUCCAGACUUUCCAGUUGCAAGGAUCCGUUUGGUCACUUGUGCCCACCGCGGAGCUUCAGCUUGAUGCACUCAGAUUCGCGACCGACGGUAGGACUCUGACCUUGGAAGAAAGGAACCCUGUUGUCCAACUUGUCGUCUACCAGUGGGCCGGAAACUCCUGGUCGAAUGUGGCAAACAUCUCCGCCCCAGUCCUUCCACCGGUAGGUGGUAUCGGCCUGGACGUGGACGGAGACUAUAUCAUCGCCGGCUGGGUCUUCUUUACAGACGCGGGCGUUCAGUAUGUGACGGUGAUCUACGAAGAGCAGGGAGGUCAAUGGCCGGAGGUCUUCCGGAUCAGCGACGACUUGGUGCAACCGCCAACUAUAUUUGGAAUCUCAUCCUCCGGCAAGGCCGUCGUGAAUUGCGCUGGUGCUGUGGGCUGCGCUGGGGUCACCACCUUCGAGGUGACUUCCAACGGAUCAUGGGCCGAGGUUCAGUCCUUCAACGAUUCGAGCUCGGAUCCCAAUGACGCUAGUCCUGCGAGCGCAGCGAUAUCGGCGACUUCGCUUGUCCUGGCAGAGUUGAUACCAGUCAUACCCUUCACCGAGUACCGGAGUGCCGGAAGGAUCUUUGGAUGCAAUGGGACUUCCUCGACCUCGACGACCACGGUGCCUUCUCCGACCUCGACAACCACGGUGCCUUCUCCGUAUUAUCGGCCGUACUACCGCACACGUUGCCCUCCCUUAUGUCGUCGACACUAUCGUCGACCUACCUGGUUUUGGUGGAGCCGAUGCAAGCGCCUAUGUGGCCACUAG